UGUAAGCGUUUUUUGCGCUAUCUUCACCGUUAUUGUGGUGGUCGAGUCUAGAUGGUAACCAACACGUGUGAAACCUUAUCCAAACCGGCAGGUUGGGCUGCCUGGUGUCCCAAAAUAAGAUCCCCAAGAUGUCUCAACGCAAUAUACGUUAUGACACGUUGUCCCUUGUUUACGUCACCGGGCGGAUAGUGCAGGAAGUCGAUGGGACGCAGCAGCGAGAGGGACAUCUGUGGUCCCAGUUGUGUAGCGGCAACAUGCGCCACGGUUAGAUCAUUGUUCGUCGAGUAUGCGGGAUAGCGCGAGCUGUGUGUAGCUGUCCUCUCCCUUUCCCACAAUGCAUAUCAAAGAGGAGACGACAGCCAUUUUAAAGCAGUUCGACAUCGGAAACAAGUUCGCCUCCCUCCCGGCGCUGCGCAAAGCCUCGGUGCUGAUCCCACUGAUGGUGAAGAAUGGAGAGCUGUGCACCCUGAUGACCCUGCGCUCACAGGAGCUGAGGACCAGUCCUGGAGUGGUGUGUUUCCCCGGCGGGAAGAGAGACCCCAGCGAUGAAGAUGACGUGGACACCGCUCUGAGAGAGGCAGAGGAGGAGAUCGGUCUCCCACCUGCUGAUGUUCAGGUGAUCUGCAGAUUGGUCCCCAUCAUCAAUAAGAGUGGUCUGCUGGUGACCCCGGUGGUGGGCUUCAUAGACGAGGCCUUUCGACCCCGUCCAAACCCAGCCGAGGUCAGCGCUGUGUUCACAGUCCCUCUGGACCUCUUCACCAGUGACAAGGACCACUGUGCCGCCCACGAUGCUGCUGGGAUGAUUCACUCUUUUGAUUUCGUGGAUCCCGAUUCAGGAACCCACUAUCAAAUAUGGGGCCUCACAGCCAUGUUUGCCAUCUUGGUUGCUGUCCUGGCGCUCCGGAGAACACCCGAGUUUGAUGUUUUCAACUCUGAGGAACCGUUAUCCUUCCUCCAACAGAUUCUACAUCAAAGAACCAGCAAACUAUGAAGAGCCACUUUCCUAAUGUCUGUAGUGCAUUUGUGCGAAUACAGAAACACCUGAUGCCAGA